AUGGUCUCUUAUGAUCCCAAUGAAGCGGUUCCCAUGGUGGUCAAUGGAGCGAUCAACGCGCUGAAGGCUGCCGCCCAAGAACCUUCUAUCAAGCGGGUUGUGAUGACAUCGUCUUCAACCGCUGCAGCCAGUCCACAACCGAAUGUCGAGUUCAGUAUGGAUGAAUCAACCUGGAACGAAGAAGCCGUCGAGGCCGCUUGGAAGUGGAUGCAGGAGAAUAAGCCGGGAUUUAUCUUCAACACUGUCUUGCCAAACGCCAACAUGGGUGCGGUCCUUUCACCAGAGCAUCAAGGAACGCCAAGUACCGCUGGAAGGGUCAAGGCGCUCUGGGAUGAGUUCAAGGGGCAAGAAAAACUGGCCUUCAACCCUCCUCAGUAUUUUGUGAACGUUCAGGAUACUGUACGGGUUCAUGUUGGGGCACUCAUUUACCCAGAUGUGAAUGGUGAACGGCUGUUUGAUUUUGCCUAUCCAUGCACCUGGAAUGAUAUUCUGGCAAUAUUCAGGAAGCUGUAUCCGGAUCACCACUUUAUGGCAAACAUUCCUAAUCUCGGUAAAGAUCCCAGCAAGGUUGCGAAUGAGCUUGGAAGAGACGUAAGAGAGCUUGUGCACGUGCUCAAUCUACGGUAG